AUGUAUUUUGGUGUUCUAAUAUCUAAAUUACGGGCAACUUUGUCAAAAUUAUCUAGAAGAAUUAUACUUAUCUAUACAGAUUUAGCUCAAGGCACUGAAAUGACACAAGUCUAUACAAUAUCAUAUAAAGAUACAGUGAAAGAUGUGAUUAAACAAAUUUUAGCUAGAAAUCAUUUGAAUUUAAAAGAUCCAAAUUUAUUCUAUCUAACUUAUAGACGUCAAAUGAACAAUGAAAAUCAUACUACUAAUACUACUACUACUAAUAGCAAUGGUAUUAGUAAUAAACAUUUGAAACCUAAACAACAUGCUUUUCUUACUAAUUUAUAUGAAACAAUGGAAUCGAGUGCGCAAGCUUCAAAUAUUUGGUCAUUAAAUCAAAUUACAAAAGAAAUUGAUAUCACCUUGUACAGUGAUGCAAUUCUAUCUAGAACAUUAGAUUUAACCAAAGAUAACAGAUUAACGCUACAUAUGCAAACAGGUGGUGUUUUAAAAAUCUAUGAUAGUUGCUUUUCGAAUCCAGCUUCAAUUAGACAAUUUCAUAUAGCAAAAACAACAUGCAGUGAAGAAUUAAUCGAUCUGAUAUUGACUGUCACUUGUUCCAAUGAUCCAGUAACUGAUUAUUGUCUUGUAGAAGAGGGUAUUAAUGAAGAAGGUAGAAUACUACGUCCUAAAGAUUAUCCUUUAUUAAUUGUUCAAAGUAAUCAAUCAUCUGGUUUAUUAGUUUUACGUAAGAAAGAAGAUGCUUUAGUUAGGUGUAAAGGUCGUUCAACUUGGAUGAACUCAACCAAACCAUACUUUCGACGUUCAAUACGUGAUAAACAAUCACGUACACCAUCACCAGUGAAACAAACACUUACACAACGUUUGAAUUUAUUUCCGUGUAUUUUUAAAGGAUUAACCAAAAGUCGUCUACUUGAACAAAUUAAUCAUUCAUCUGAAUCAAUGCCAUUAUUUGAUAAAACUGAUUUCAUUGAAUCCGAAUCACAAACAACUCCACCAUCCUAUGGCAAUGGUUAUUAUACAAAUGAAAAACCAAAUCGACCAGUUACGACCAAGUCAUUACCACAAAGAUACGGCAAUCAUUUAGAUAGUAAAGAUAAAUUUGAAAUUUUCAAUCCAUUCAAUAAUAAUAAUAAAGAAAGUUCUGAUCAUUUACGUUCUAUGAAUCGUUGUACCAUCAAUAAUGAUCAUAAAAAUUCAGAAUGGUCAUUAGCUCCAUCGGAACUACAUCAUCCUAUGAAAGCCACUUCAAUCAGUCCACCUUUACCACCGAAAUUAAUGAAUACUAAAGCAAGAUAUAAUAACAUUAAUAAUACUACUAAUGCUGAAAUACAACAUCGUUAUUAUAAUUCUUAUCAACCUUGUGUUUAUGAGAAACAAUCGAUUGAAUUGUCAAAAUCAAAUCAUUCAAAUUCAUUGGCUAGUACUGAAGUGAAUAAACUAUGUCGACCAGAAAAGAGUGCAUCACCAAUUUUGGCUUUUGAUGCAAAUCGUCGUACGUGUGAAAGUCGACAAUCAAGUGCAGUGAGAUUUCAAGAAAAUACCAAUUCAUCUGGUAUUUGGACUAAAGAAAAUGAAUGUUCUUUAAAAGAUGCCACAAGUACAGUACAAUCGAAUGAGUAUAAUAAAGCGAAAUUAUAUGUUGAUCGUGCUCAAUCUAGUGAUUCUAUACAAACAUUCACAGCAGCUGAUUGGGAUGAUAAAACGAUAAGUCGUGAGAAAGUUACAGAUUCAGUAAAUAUUGGUGCAACAUACGAUAAUGGUUGUAAUGAUACAAUUAUUGAAUAUGAUGUGCCAGCUGAUUCAUGUAUCGAUUGGAAGUAUUCUAAUCCUCAACCAAUAGUGUAUAAUUCAUAUACAGAAGAGAAGUGUUCAGAGAAACAAAAUGGAAAUUAUUGUGCUAAUCCAAUAUCUUCACGCUUUUUAAAUGCUACACAGAUUAGUGAAAAUAAGUCACAUAUUCAGCAAAAGAAAUAUCAAAGAGGAGAUAGAUCAGAAGAAAACAAACAUGAACCCGGUGUUCAAACACACACUGAUUUCGGUACAACAAUGAAUGGUGAUUAUGAUGAAUCAUUCAAUGAUAAUCCUCCUAAAAAAUCUGAUUUCGAUCGAAUCCAGCAACAAAAUUCUUAUACUCAAGUGAACUCAUCGAAUAAUGUAAAAUUAAAUCAACCAAAUAACAAUAGUUCAUCAGAGUCAAGAAGAAUGAAAGUUAUGGAUAGUUUCGAAACAAUUAAUACAACUCAAAGUUGUGAAGAUAUUAGUCUUUAUAAUAAACAUCAAAUGAUAUGUCAUAGUCAAAAUGAUUUACACACAGAAAAUUAUAGUUCCACAUCACAUCUUAGUGUUCCAACACCAUUUCAUGAUUCCGAUAUGAAUGUAUCAAUGAUAUCUAAAGAAAAUAUGCUUACAUUAUCAACUGAAUUACCAGUAAAUUCUGUUGGAUUAAAACAAUAUGAAACUCAUGUUGAAUUAUCGCCGAAUCUAUCAUCUAUACAUAAUCAUAGUAAUAAUAAUACUAAGAAGGAUAGUGAUAACAAUCACCAUCAUCAUCAUCAUCAUCACAAUCGUAAUAAUAACUUCUCAACAGUUUUUCAACAACAUCCAACUUCACAAAUACACAAAUUAUUUACUUAUAAUUUUGAAGCUAUGCCUAAUCAUAUGAAUAAUAGUCAAUCUUCCAUUGAAAUGAUUAAUGUGGAAAAUGGUAAAACAAUAAUUUUAAACAAUGCAACACAUUUAAAGCAUAAAAAACACUCAUCUCAUUCAGCGAAACACAAUGGAACAAGUAUACUAGUACAUGGUUGUAAAAAAACUCAUCCUUCUUCUUCUUCAUCAGAUCUAGAAACGGUUGAAUCAUAUCCUUCAUUGUUUGAUGUAUUGCAUCAUUGUGACAUUUAUCGAGUUCUACUGGAUCCAAAUUUGCCAAGUUUAAGUGAUCAACUUGGUUUACGUUUAUGUUUAACUAAAUUCCCAUUAGAUGAUGUACAAAGAGCGGAUACUUUACAAAAACUACAAAAGAAUGAAAUAGUUGAUGUGAAAAGUUCAUAUGGAAUUAUUGAACCAAUGAAUCCUAUGCAUAGUCCAAAAGGUCCAAAACCUUACAUUGGAUUACGUAGUGAUGGGGCUUUUAAACCGAUCGAUGUAAAACGUUCCGAUAUGGCUUUUGAUGUUGUGACAAUUGAAAGUAUUGAAACAGAUUCACCGGCAAGUUUUGAAGGUAGUCUAGCACCAGGUCAUAUUAUUUUAGAAGUUGAUGGUAAAGAUUUACUUCGACCGAAACAAUUUAAAGAUUCACAUGGAAAUAAAGUGAAUAUUCUUGCUAUAGCACAAAAUCAAUUACGUGCAGCACGUCAAGCAGCUUUAAAUGGUGAAAUUCCACCGAUUCGUAUCACUGCAGCACGUUAUCAUGAUAAUUUUGGUUUAGCCAAUACAGUGAGUAAUUUAGAUCGUAGUCGUUUUAAAAAUGGUUUCAUCAAUAGAAAUGUAAACAUGUCGUCUACAAUUAAUGAUACAUUUGAUAAACAACAACCGACUACCGAUGUUAUUGUACAUGAAAAUAUUCAACAAUACACCACGGAUUUUGAUCAAACACAUGAAACUACUCAGUCAUUUAAAACAUCAGAUCCAAGUGAAAUUUAUAGUAAAUGUCCUUCGGAAUUUACAGAUUAUAGUGAAGAUAUAUUGGAAACAUUGAAAAAUAAAUUAAUUUGGUUUUCACGUAAUCAACAAGAAAAUACAAAUCAAUCUAAUAUUUGAUUCAAACAAAAUGUAUAGAUUAUCGAACAUUAUCAAUAAAUUAUUGAUUUCGCGUGAAUUUUUUAAAAAGAGACACAGUAUAGUUUACUUGUUGCAAAAAUCUCUGUCUAUCUCUCUCGCAUUGCAUGCUAAUUCAUUCAUAAUGUGGAAUUGUUCCAUCAGCAUAUAUUAUAAAUAUGUGUAUAAUAUUUGUGUGUAUUGAACAUUCAAUCAUACUGGUCUAAAGUUUAUUUCUUAAAAAACCUCG